AUGCCACCACACGACCGGAGAAGACGAAACGAGCCACAGUCGCGACCUCCUCUUCCAUCCGGUCUCAGAUAUGAAGAAGUCCUCCUCCCGGUUCCGCAAGGAGGUCUGUCGUCAAGCCGACGCCCACACAGUCCUCCACGAUUCCGCGCACCCGCGGCUCUUCAAUGGCUAGCUGGCCGCCAGCCUCAAACAUCCAUCCCUCGUCCCAUUUCCUCACCACCGUCUCGCCCAUCAGAUGAACCACUGACCUCCGCCACCUGGGUUCUCAGCUUCGACCGCACCAGCACCAUGCACAAAUGCGCAGACAUACACCUCUUCCGACCACCCUACACCGUUGGAGAAAUCAACAGCGGCACCGUUGUCCUUCCUAUUCUUCCUGGGCCCGCACGCCGUUUUGGCUUCGAUGUCUCUGUCAUGACACUCACACCGACGCGCUAUGCUCCAGUAUCAAGGUACUCGGAACUCAAUUGGCCGCUCCUCGCAAGGCAAGGAUUUACAAAAACUGACCUCCAUCACGAUCACGAGCACGAUUCGACGCAGGGAACUCCCUUGUGUAUGGGUCGCACUUGCAAGAAGGUGUCUAGCGUGAUCCGCCAUCCGAACAUCCCUGGUGUAGACCUUCUGUGGUGCGGGUACGAUGAAGAUAAGAGUCCGCAUGUCUUUGUGCAUAUGACGGCGUUCGAUAUGGUGGAUCCGCAAUUGUGGAAGGUCGGUGUGAAGACUGGAGUUGUUGGGCGCGCGGCGGACAUGGAUGGAAGGCUGGCGUGGAUUGAGCCGGGUAAUGAUAGCCCAUUCGAAAGGAUUGUGCAGGGCGGGUUGAGACGAUGA